UUUUAAUAAUAUUUUUUUUCUUUAGCAAAGUAGAAAAUAAAUGUUGCUCACUGGGGAAAAAAAGGCUUCGGGAGUCAGAAGAAAAGCAAAUCCGAGUAUCCGACGAGAGAUAUGUCUGAAGAUCGAGUUAUCUAAAAUUCGUGUUUUGGUUCUGUAAUUAUUCAUUUCUAUUUUUCCUUUUUUUUAAUCCGAUUUCUCCAACGAAAGGGUAAAUAAAUCGACGCUGCAAGUGUUUGUCACAUUCCUCAAAGAAGCAAUCAUAACGCAAUUGAUUACCAAAUAAUGCAAACUCAAAAAUCAAGGCCGGGCUCGUUGGAGUUGCCACAGAAGAAAUCUUCAUUACCAGCUCCCAAAGUUGGUCGGAGAAUCAAGCCAAGUGGAGCAGAAUCUGAUCCAAAAAUCAAAACUUCACCCAAAACUCAAAUCCCAAAAGUGGCAAUUGAUCGCCGCUCACAAAGAAUCCCUCUUAAUGAGAUUCAGAAGAAGCGGACAGGAAGGAUACCGGAGCUGGAAUCUCAGAUAUCUCAGCUUCAAGAAGAGCUUAAAAGAUCAGAAGCGUUGAAGAGGGAAGCUCAAGAAGAAGCUGAAGAGGCCAAACAGCAGUUAAUGGAGAUCAAUGCAUCAGAAGAUUCAAGAAUCGAGGAGCUGCGUAAGCUCUCGCAGGAGCGAGACAAGACGUGGCAAUCCGAGCUUGAAGCUAUGCAGAGACAGCACGGGAUGGAUUCAGCUGCCUUGUCUUGUGCUAUCAACGAGGUACAGAAACUGAAGUCGAAGCUCUUUGAGUCCGAGUCCGAGCUAGAGCAAUCUAAGUUUGAGGUAAGGUCUUUAGAGAAACUUGUGAAACAGCUCGAGGAAGAAAGAAGAAACAGCAGAGACUCGUCAUCAUCAUCAUCAUCAUCAUCGAUGGAAGUGGAAAGUCUGAAAGAAGCAAUGAAUCUCGCGAGGAAUGAGAUAAGCCAGUUGAAAUCUGCGGUUCAAGUAGCGGAGACAAGGUAUCAAGAAGAGUAUAUACAAAGCACGUUGCAGAUAAGAAACGCUUACGAGCAAACAGAGGCGGUUAAAUCGAGAUAUUCACAGAGAGACGCCGAGUUGACGGAAGAAUUGAACAGAACCAAAGCUGAAGUCGAGGUUUUGCGCAAAGGGUUAGUGGAUAAGAAGAAAGAAGAUGGGUUUAGAGGCGAUUUGGAGAAGCUUGAAUCGGAAUUAGUGGAGGUGAGAAGGAGUUUAAUGGAUAAAGAGAUGGAGUUGCAGAGUCUGAGGUGUGAAAUGGAGAAGAAAGUGGAGAGCGGAAACACGGAAGCCAUGGAAGCUGAGCUUAGAAGAGUGAAGGUUCAGUGUGAGCAAUGGAGAAAAGCUGCUGAGACUGCAGCUUCUAUACUGAACAGUGAUGAAGUGAGAACUGAUUCUGUCGAGAAUGGCAAAAUGUUGAAGAAGUUUGGUGUCUUGCUCAAGAAAAACCAUAAGUAAUAAAUGAUUCUUUUUUAAUAUUUUUGGUUCUUUUAUAAGAUAUAUAUUUUUUUUAAAUGGCAUUGUUAUUGUUUGUAAAUUUGUAAAAUUCGAUUUGAUUUCUAUACGUUUUUUUUGGAUUCCUGUCACAUUUGGUGUUCAAAACUGUAAUUGUGAAGUGAUCUUUUGCAUUCAAGGAUCAAGACUUAAAAUUAUAUAGUACCUUGUCUUUUUUUCUGUGUGUAAAAAUAGGAGUUUUCAUCAUGGC